GUUACACGGACGGGGCAACCCAGCGCGCCUACGACAUGUUUGACGCGAUAGAGUACUCCUCGAUCGAAAACAUACGAUCCGGCUUGUCUUAUGGCGUGUUCUCAACGGAGAACAAGUGGGCAAAUCCAGACGAGGAGGGAACCCUAAAAUGGGAUUUCGACGACCGGUCUGCGGACAGAGAGAAGCUCCUCGAGCAGAUGGACUUCCCACUCGUAUCAAUUGCCAUGUCCAAAGACGUCGUCAAGUCCGGGUGUGUACCCAGAACCAAUGUUGAGGCCUGGAGUGAGAUCGUGGACGGCCAUAGAGACAUCAGCGACGGGCUCAAAGCCGGCGACAAGCGCCCCGAGUCGGUCUGGGCACCGACAAACAGAGGAAAUGUGGUGCGGAGGAGUGGAACGCACACCCGCGGCGACCAUGCUGGUAAGGGCCUCUCAAAGGCUCUAGCCCACUAUGUAAUGCACAAAAUCAGGGAGCACGACAACGGAUACAGGGCCAUCCUCAUUCACACCGGGAGUGAAGCUGUCGACAAGGUCUGGUUGAGGCCGCCGGUGCCGUUCAAGAGCGAAGAGAUUAGCACGUUCUCUACUGCUGGAUAUCAAAAGAGAAACAGCCACACUGGUGCGUUGUACAAUCCAUUUGGGAGCGCCGAGGUGGUGAGUAGGCGCAUCUGGAUUACCUGGCCCGAGGAGGAGGAGGAGGAAGGAAACGAAGCCAAGGUGCUCGAGUCACGAAGGAUGAGAGCUGUUGUGAUAGCGGAUGAUGACUCGGAGUGAAAGCAAAUCGGUGUACGAAUAGGAGGUGUUCGAGAAUAAAUGUGGCGUAGCCCCUGAAUAAGACAGGACCUAACCAGCGCAAAAGAGGCCGAUUUUCCACGUGAACGUCGACCAAACAUUGAGUAGAGGGGGGGAAAGGAGAGUCAUCCGGAAGCUCACGACCUGUACCUAUCAAUUUACCUUCUUUUUACC